AUGGGGGAGUUGGCUCCCCCACCCAAGGCCGUGAUGGCAGGGGCAGACCCCGAGCUCGGCAUUCACCAUGCCUCCGAGAGCUCGGGGUCGACCCCCGCCGCUGCGAACCCGCCAAGGCGGUGGAAGAAGUGGCAGGUCUAUGCGGUCAACGGGCUCGCGCUCGUUGCCGUAUUAUCUGCUGCCGUCGCUUUGGCCAUAAGCGAAAAGAUCAACUCGGAUAUGAGCCUCGAGGGACCAACGGUGGACCUUAAUUAUACAACCUAUGUCGGCACCAGUCGCAAGAGCGGCAUCAACGUCUUCUUGGGGAUGCGCUAUGCCGAACCCCCGUUGGGAGAGUUGAGGUGGAGGGCUCCGAUCGAACCAAGCGGCAACAUAGACGGUCGUGUUGCUACGGCCAAAGCAUUUGGCCCCAUUUGCCUUGCAACCGAUGCGCCUUUUCCGAAUGACCAACAAUCCGAAGACUGUCUCUUUGUCAACGUCUGGGCCCCCGACAAUGUCACCGAAAGCUCCAAGCUUCCUGUCUGGCUAUUCAUUCAGGGAGGAGGUUAUAUCUCGAAUUCGAAUGCCAACUGGGACGGCGAGGAGGUCGUGAAGCGGAGCAACAAGAGCAUAGUAUUUGUCAACUUCAACUACCGAGUCGGCCUCUUUGGGUUCCUCGCCGGCGAGCAGGUCAAGAAAGAUGGCGAUCUGAAUACGGGCCUGCUCGACCAGCGAUUACUGAUGGAGUGGAUCCAAAAGCAUAUUUCCAAGUUCGGCGGGGAUCCCAACCACGUUGUUAUCUCAGGCCUCUCGGCAGGCGCCGGAUCGGCCGCGCUCCAACUGGCUGCGUAUGGCGGUCGUGACGAUAAGCUAUUUACCGGGGCUAUCGUGGAGUCCAUGUUCUUCCCCGCCCAGCCGUAUCUUUCCGAUCUCGAGUGGCAGUUCGACCGCCUGGUGAAGGGCGUCGGUUGCAAUGGCGGGCCUGACCGAAAUAUGACCUGCCUUAGAGGGAAAAGCACACUGGCUCUCCAGGCGGCCAACAAAGCGUCGCCUUUCCCGGGGAGGACCCAACCCCCGCUACCCCUUUUCUACUGGACGCCGUGUAUCGACGGCGAUCUGAUCAGGAAGCUGCCCUACGACAUGUUUGAUGAGGGAAAGAACAUAGACGUCCCCUUGAUGGUUGGAGCAACUAGCGACGAGGGCUCCGUCUUCGGCUUCAAUGCCGAGACAAAGGAUGAGAUGCUCGAGUUUCUGCACAACAACUACCCCAGUUUGCGGGAGCGGGACCUCGAGGACAUUGCAGAUCGCUACCCGUUAAUGUCCUCGCUCCCCCAGCACAGGCCAUGGUUUCCAUCGACAUCCAAGGCCUAUGGCGAAGCAACAUUUAUCUGCCCCACGGUCAACGUGCUGGAUGACGUGUCUUCCAACUUUCCCAACAGCAGGAACAAGACCUGGGCUUACCGCUACAACGUCCAAGACAAGGAGGCUGUGUCCCGCGGUCUUGGCGUUCAGCACACAGCCGAGGUCGGGGCUGUGUUCGGUCCGGACAGUGUCCUUGGCCAGGCGCCGGCCAGCUACAAAACAUACAACGCUCCGAUCGUACCCGUUGUCAUGGACUACUGGAUAUCCUUUGUCAAGACCCUGUCGCCCAACGUACUCAAGAAUGCCGAUGCGCCGACCUGGGAAUCGUAUAUAUACAGGAAUGGCACAAACAGCACCGCGGGGAGUAACAGCCGUGUAAGGCUGGUUUUGGAGACGAACAAUACACGCAUGGAGCAGGUUCCUUUGGACGAGAUCAGCAGAUGCGAAUUCUGGAAGUCUCUAAAGGAUCGGACGCAACAAAGGCUCUAAUCGAACCCCCUGGGUUCGUGUCUGGGAACAAGUCCUCUUUAUUAUA